CAAGGCGCAGACUUUGCGUCCGACUGUCUGUCUAAAGCCUGAAAAUUCGCGAUUUUCGGUGUUUUUUUGCAUAGAGAAAUCGUUUAGUUCUAUGCUAGUGACUCAUACGAGAAAAGGAUAUUGUUAACAAGAAACGAAGAAGUGUUGUCAAGUGUGUGGAGUCGCUUGUUCAACCUUCGUUAAAGGUGGACUUGAGACGUGGAACUAACCUCUUUUCAUUCUCCUUUCACUUGACGGUGCUAGAUAGAAUGGGGGAAUGCUUGUUGAUCUAUUAUUCUCUUUCGGAUUAAAAAGAUAUUCUACGUCAAUGAACAAUUUUUCUACUGUUAAGUGUUAUUGAAGCACUGCUCGCUGUCAAACUCAUUAACUAGCCGCCGUUUUCUGUCGUAUGUUAUUGUGUACUUUCACUUCAAGAAUCAUGUUUUGUUUUUAAUUUUGGCUCUUGUUUCUAUCGUUUGUUAGUCUUCAGUCUUAAAUUUUUACAUCUGUGUGUCAGACCAUGCGAAAUGAAAUGUGAAGUAUUUUGUUGUCUGCUAUUUUGUCUCAAAACAUAAAUGUUAAUCCCUGACAUGUCAAGUGUUUAGCCAGACUUUUUCUGUUAUUGCUGGGUGUUACAUGCUGCAUUUUAUUUUGCUUUUUCUGCAUUAUUUUAAUUUGUUUCUCUAUACUAAAAAAAUAUUACUGCACUUAUUUUUGCUGCAGCAUCAAAACACAAAUUUGUGAUGAGGUGUCAGGUUUAGAAAACAUAACCUUCCAUGCUAGUCACUAUUGGUCUGCUAGAAUCACUUCCCCAGGUAUACUUAAAAUUCCAUUAUUUUCCCUUUAUGUGCGUGCUUGAAGAUCACACUUGUUUAAUUCAUCUUUGCGACUAGGCUUCGUUUGUAAAAAGAAGUCACUUCUUUGUAAGUUGAAUUCAUAGAGAAAAAAAUGGUAAAUUCUGUGGGGAGAGAAACAGGUUGCUUUCUUCCAUAAAAUUUUGUCUUCCCUUUAAUUUCCAUUCAAUUGUGUUGUGUAUUAUGGUGGUACCAGGAGAGAAGAUGUAUCAAGACAUGUCAUAUCAAAUUUCUGCAGCUGAGGACAACGAGAGAUUGUGGAAUGACAACCACACUGACAGUAUUGAUGAGGACUUGUCAAAUGAUGUUGAUCAUUUCUCAACGCUAGAUGAAUAUUACAAGCACUGCAGUACAUUUCUAGACUGGGGAAAGCUACAUGGUUAUGGCCCUCAACAUUUUGACUCUCCACCUGCUUCUUCCUUGUUACCAACUUCAAAUGAUGGCCUAAAUGAAAACAAAUCAUUCCCAUGUGAUAGCUGUGGAAAGCUUGGAGCCAUGGGGACUCUAAUAGCACAGCAGCUGAGAGCAGUGACCAACAAGAUGCUCUCACAGUGUGGGCUGGAAAUGCUCUUACUUACCCAGUACCUACUGACUCUGUGAAGAAGUUAUACACCUGUGUAGAGUGCAAUAAGAGUUAUAUGCGUUACACUUCUUUAUACCGGCAUCAGCGUUAUGAGUGUGGUGAUAAAGUCCCUGCCUUUUCCUGUCAAUUUUGUCCUCAUCGGACCAAACAGAAAGCAGACCUAAAAAGGCACAUUAUAAGGAAACAUUCUGGCAAUUCCUCACCUUAAAGACUUUGUUUUUCUGAAAAUAAAAUUGUUGUUUUUAUGUAUUAGUAUUCUUUCUGUAUUGAGCUCAGUUUUAUUUCUAAUUGAAAUUAAAGAAGAAACAUAA